AUGAAGAGAUUAUGGGCAGCGAGACGCUCCUCCUCCGACGGCGAGGAGACGUCGCCGCUGCUCUCCUCCUCCGACCAUAACGCCGGCACCGCACCGCACCAACGCCCGAGCGACCACAGCCAAACCCAAACUCAAACACCGCCCUUCGACACCACUCCCGAUGCCGUCCCAGCAGCCGCAACCCACAUCAGCCAGACGGAGCGCGUCUGGCUCUUUGUCGGGAUCUUCCUGGUCGGCUACGCCUACGGCCUCGACAGCCAGGUGCGGGGAACAUACCAGCCCUACGCCACCUCCAGCCUGAAGCUGCACUCGUCGCAUUCGACCAUCAACGUCCUCCGCAGCGUCGUCGCCGUCGCAUCACAGCCGACCGCGGCAAAAAUCGCCGACAUCUACGGCCGCUUCGAGACCACCCUCGCCGCCAUAUUGCUAUACGUCGUCGGCACCGCCUUCGAGGCUAGCGCCACGACCGUCGAGGUCUUUUGCGUCGGCGCAAUCCUCUACCAGAUCGGCUACACCUGCCUCGUCCUGCUGCUCGAGGUCCUCGUCGCCGACUUCUCGUCCAUGCGCUCCCGCGUCUUCUUCAGCUACAUUCCUGCGAUUCCCUUCGUCUUCAACACGUGGAUCAGCGGCAAUGUCACCGCGGCCGUGCUGCACGUCACGUCUUGGCGCUGGGGUAUUGGCAUGUGGGCCAUCAUCCUGCCCUUCUCCUCCAUCCCGCUCCUCACCAGCCUCUAUGCCUUUGGCCAAAAGUCGAGAAAAUCGCGACACUCUCGUCUCUCAAAGGAGGGCAGCGGUGUCACCCUCUUCCAUCAGCUCGACACCAUCGGCCUCGUCAUCCUCAUCUCCGCCUUCUCCUUCACCCUAGCCCCUUUGACCCUCGCCGGCGGCACCGUCAGCCACUGGAAAUCCCCCGCCAUCCUCGUGCCCCUCAUCUUCGGCAUCGUCUGCAUCCCCGUCUUUGUCUUCUGGGAGCGCCAGGCCCAGGUGCCUCUGAUCCCUUUCCGUCUGCUCAAGGAUCGCGGCGUCUGGGCUGCCCUCGCCGUCCGCAGCCUGCUCAACUUCGCCUGGUCCACCCAGGGCAACUACCUCUACACCGUGCUCAUCGUCGCCUUCGACUUCUCCGUUGAGACCGCCACCCGCAUCCUGUCUUUCUUCUCCUUCUUCGGCGUCUUCAGCGGUGUCCUCAUCAGCUUCGUCAUCUACAAGAUCCGCCGCCUCAAGGCCAUCAUCGUCACCGGCGCCUGCAUCUUCACGGCGUCCUUCUUCCUCCUCAUCGCAUACUCGGGCGGUGCCGAUGCCUCGUCCCACAGGGGCCUCAUCGCCGGGCAGGUCAUCAUGGGCCUGGCCGGCGGGCUGUUCGCCUACCCCACGCAGGCCUCCAUCCAGGCUUCGGCGGACCGCGAGCACGUCGCCGUCAUCACGAGUCUCUACCUGUCGCUCUUCAACGUCGGCAGCGCGCUGGGCAACUGCCUGUCCGGCGCUCUCUGGACGCAGCUGCUCUACCCAUCCCUGGACGAGAGUCUGGCUUUCCAGCCAAACAGGACCCUCGCCGCGGCCAUCUACAACUCGCCCUUUGACACCCUCAAAGACUACCCCGUCGGCACAGACGUCAGAGACGCCGUCAUCGGCAGCUACAGCGGCGUCCAGCGGGUUCUCUGCAUUGCCGCCCUUUGCAUUUGCAUCCCGAUGGUCGGGUUCUCCUUUAUCCUGAGGAACCCGAAGCUUUCGGAGGACCGGGUCCAGACGGACGCGGAUAACGACUCGGAAUGA